AUGCCACGGGUGUUUUUGGUUAAGAAGAAGAGCAGUGUGCUGGGAAAAAGAAGCUGGAGUGAAGCACCAGAUUACACACACGGGAACAUCGACACAUCAGUUUCUUGUCAGGAAUACAGAACUUCCUCCCCGCUGAGUGGGAGCACAAACACCAGCGCUGUCUGUCCUGGUAUUAAUUCCCAGCUGCUCUGCUCUACUGCACACAACCAACAGGAGCCAAGCUCAAACUGCUGUCUGAGGACACAUCGACCUCCUUACAUCUCACAAAACAAGACACAAAAGCAAGAAGCAAAUGUCUUACAAUUCACCAAGUUUUCGACAGAUAAGCCGUCCACUUCAUUCUCCUGUCCAGUAUGCAGUAAGGCGUUCAGUAUUGCAAGAGUGAUGAAACGUCAUGUGAGGACUCACAGUGAUUUUAGAAGGUACUCGUGUGAGUACUGUGGGAAAGGCUUCAAUGACACGUUUGACCUGAAGAGGCACGUGCGCACUCAUACAGGUGUGCGACCCUUUAAAUGUUCUGUGUGUGGGAAAGCCUUCACCCAGCGCUGUUCAUUGGAGACUCACCUGAAAAAGGUGCACAAUGUUUGUCAGCCAUACGCCUACCGGGAGCGCAGAGACAAGCUGUAUGUAUGUGAGGAGUGUGGCAUGACUACUGAGACACAUACCAGCCUGCUCAGUCACCUCCAGACCAAACACCCUAACAGCAGGACAACCAAAAUCAGGAGCAGGAGGAGGCAGGAACAAGCCUGGGCUGGCAGUUCAUCCCCCAGCUCUCUGAGCUCUCUGAGUGAUGUGGAGUCUGGAGCUGAAAUGAAAGAAGAUCUAAAUGCUUUAAAUUUGUGAUAUGUAUUAUUAUAACCUUAA